UAGGCAGAUGCCUUCAGUUGGUAUUCGCCAGCAUCAAAUACAGCAGUAUAUGGACAAUACGUGGAAAAAAAAAUAGAUAAGGGAGGGCAAACGAAUGGCAGAAGUACAUACAUUAGCGUUGCAUCGAAUCUUGUGCGUCGCGCACAUGGAGCAUAUGUCUGCUUACAUACUUGAGCGCGAGGAAGCUUCAAACCUGAGAAUACGGCACUCUCAGAGCAUACCAAAUUGCACAAUUGGGUGCCGAGAUAUAAUCAGACAAAUGUACACAUAGAAUAUUCGUGUUCAAAUGAAAAGAACCACCCACGUAUAACAUUUUCCCGGCAUAGCAAAUAGAUGGCCUGCCCAUCCCGAUGGCUAAACGAACCAAAUCUUUAAAGAAUGUGCACCAAAAGGUGCUUCUUAAGGCACCCACAGCACCCACCCCGGAAACUGUGAAAACACACAUCUUAUUACGGAGGCAGACCCAACGACGCAUAGCGAACCCCAUAUCACAGCAUGAGGAUCUUCACGAGAGCAAGGAAGUUACUGCGUUGCAAGAGAAAAUAAAGAAAAUUUCUGGGCGGAUCAAAGCCUGUGCGGAUUUGCAGAAAGAACAUGAUCGUAAUGAGAAGGAGAUCGAGAAGCUCAACGGCGAGCUGGCUCAGUUGACAGAACUAAAAACAGAGAUGUUUUUGCUUCUGAAAAAGGUGUUGCAGUACGAUGAGGAAAUCAAACACAAACAGCAAGAGUAUGAGCGCAGGAAGGAAGCUGAUCUGAAUGCGUGGCGACGGGAGGUAAGGGAAGCCAUUGCACUGGAAAACGCCUCGAAAGUCUCUUCGGGCGCAGAACAGGCCACACACUUUGCCAAACCCUACUCCACUCAGGCAGGUGCAGGCACCGAUACGACACAAGCUCUCACCGAAACCCAACAGGCACUUGAUCUCAAGGGAGAUGGGGGGAUUCCGUCACUGGCCGAGAACGAAAGGAACGGAUUGCUAAGUGACCGGGCCGUAGGUAUGGCGGGAGGUGGGGAUGUGCCUGUCGCGGAAACGGAUGUUGUAGACGUGCUGGAGGGCGAGUGGGAUGGUAUUGCUAGUGAGUGUAAGGAUAAGGACAAGACGGCGGGUGUGGUAAUUACUUCCAAGGCCGCCGAGGCUGCUACAGCCAGCGAGCCGGCCCCGUCCCGACCGGAAAAGAAAAAGGUCAUCAGUUUAUCUGAGUACACGGGGAAGCUAGAGGGCAAUGCGGCGAGUGUCGGGACAAGCAAGCCUGGAAGUAAAGGGGAUACGACUUCUCACCAGUUGGUUGCGACGAGCCAGAAUACAACCGAGACGAGAGGUGCUGAGAGCGAGUCCAAUCGUGAUGGCACUAAACUACAGACAGACACAAGCAACGGCGCACCAAAAUCUGCGAAGGUCGGAGGAGGUGUCCAAGGCUCCAAAUUGCUUACAGACAUGGAUGUAGACACUCCAGUGGUUGAUCAAGAUAAGGUCAAAGAUGGGAAUACGCCGAUCGACGCUGGCGGUAGUACGAUUAGACCCUGUGAUGUCUUGACAACAAAUAGUAGGGCAAAUGCUGUUAAUGGGGUCAAAGUCGACGACAUGGCGAUGGAGGAUGAUUCGAAGAAUGCCGACCAUAGACACGACGGUAAGGAAGUCGUAGCAACCGGAGAUUCUACCGAGAGUGCCUCCGGCACGAAUUCUACCGGACCGGAUAGGGCUAGCAGCUCCGGGGGAACAGCGGUGUCUGACAUCCUCUCUAAAGACCGCGAUACGAAUGCGGAGGAGUCCAGAACUGUAGCCAAUGGCAGCGGAAUAGUAGGCGGGGGUUCGUCUGCAGGGGCGAUGACGGCUGGACCGGCCAAGGGGGGCAUUGAGAUUUCCAUGGCAACCGGUGUAUUGGCUACGGAAAUCCCCGGUUCGGCUGUGACUGCUACUACUACAGGUGGUACUGAUUCGGACCACACGGCUGUAGUAUCGCAUACGGCGAAGGACGAUGUUGCGAAACCAUCAGAACAGACUGUUGGAUCCGAAAAGCCGGAUGCAUUAAAGACCGUUGAAAGCUCAGGUAAAACGGGUGAAAAAGAAGCGCCGGCUAAGGGGGAGAAGCAGGUGGGCGAUACCGAGGUCAAACCGGUAGAGCCGAAACAAAAACUGAGUUUCGCACAAUAUCUGCGUCAGCGAAAACGAGAAUUGAGUCUCACGAACCUGAAUGCGAAGGCGGAAACGAAACCAGUAUCUAGUGACAUUCCCAAUCUGAAUGCAAGCUCGAUCUCCAAUCUCAGUACAACCCCAAGUGCAAGUGAAACUGUGAUUACAGAUCAAGGCAAGAUAAAUGGGCAGGCCUCUACUGCUAUGGAUCGCCAACCGAAGCUGUGCACGUCAUCUAGUGUGCCGAUAUUAACUCUGUCCGCCAUGCACACUACUCUAAAGAAGGCCGGCCUCGAGCGGCAGGAAACGGCAGGCGCCAAACUGGAGAACGCGUCUGUGAACGCAUUCGUAUCUCCAACCACCCUGACACAACCAAAGAGUGCAUCUACACCCUUGCCCAGUAAAAAUGAGUCGCACACGUCACCAGCAGGCGCUGUGCAGGAUGUGAAGGUAACGAAAGCGGCACCGAUGAAAGACGCUUUGACACAAAACAAGGGGAUGGACGAGACUACUUCUGGGGCGGUCAAGUCUGCCAAAGCCGAGCCUAAGUCAGUCCGACCCGAGCCGCCGAGAACGAAGAACACGCAUCCGACCUCCCGGUUGAUCUCGACUACGUCAAGUAAGAAAGUCAAGACAGACACGAGUGUAGACACCACUGCCCACCCCAGUGAUAGUGGUACGGGUAGUAGCACUAGUAGUGUGGUUGCAGACGGACAGCACGGGCGACCAACCAGUACUGAGCAAGCCAAGAGUUCUGAAGGGAGUGUUAAGCUCUUGUCUCUGCGCAUAGGAGGGUCUACCGGUGCCAACGCUGUUGGUACUGAGGGCACGAGUGCUGACACGACCAAGCACGGACAGGCGAUACUGACAGGACAGGGCGCUUCUGGUAAAAGUGGGGCAGGGGGGAGCGGGACUACGGGUAUGUCAGGUGUGUUGGCGGCCUCACGCAGUGGAGUGGAUUCUACGGGGCCGGUGAUGGGGGUAGGAGAUAAGGAUAUAGGGGCGCGGGAGAAGCCGGCUGUGAGAAAAAUGGGGAGUGCGUUUAGUGAUAGGUUUCCGGCGCGCUUGUCGUCGUCGGCGGAAAGGGAUGAAGAGGAGACGCGUCUGUGUACGGCGAAAUUGUCGGGAUCCUUGAGAAAACGAAUUGGGGGUCUCGAGAAACGGCUAUCCACAGCUGCUGAUACUACAGGCGGGAGCGGGGGAGGGAGAUUGAUGGGGCUUGAGAUGGGUACGUUUUCUGGAGCUAGUACGUAUUCUGGUAGGUAUGGGAUUGACGAUGAUCGACGGUCCAUGGGGGGCAACAGCGGCAACGUAAGUGACUCGCGGAGCACUAGGGGUGAAGGCGCACAUAGUGACCGGGACAGGGAACGAGACCGGGACAGGGAACGAGACCGAGACCGAGACAGAGAUAGGGAUAGAAGGGAUAGAAGGGAUAGAGAUAGUAGGAGUUGGGAUGGUGGCGAUAUCAAGUACUAUGGGGAGAGAGGCAGAGACAGGAUGCACGAGCGGGACGCACGGGGCAAUAGUGGUGCGCGGGAUAUCCGGAGCCGCGACGGGGGUGGUCAUACACCGUCGGGCUUUGAAAGGGCGUUUGGUGGGGGUGGGUCUUCUCCCGGAUUCAAUACUGGCAGCAUUCAUUCAAACCACCCCAAUUACUCUGGUCAAAAUAGUAAUAGUAAUAGUAUUUAUAACAGUGGCGAUAUCCACAGCAGUAUCAAUAAUAACAGUAGCCUCAGCAAUAUGAACCUCAAAUUCAAUUCGCUCAACAACCCAGCGACCUCCAAUGAUGCCACCGGACCGGGCAGUGGGGCACCCUCCCGGAGAGGGAGCAACGGAAUCCCAACUGACCCUAGUACCAGAAUGAACUCCGCAGGUAAAGCCGAUGCCGCAUUGAGUGGUGCGGUUUUGGCGGGAACUAUCCGCUUGAACAGCGUGCGUCGAUUUUCGCGACAGGGCUCGCCAGCCGGUUCGGUACACUCGGUCUCAGACCGCAAUGGUCCCGGUAUUUCGGGUAUGAAUUCCGGUACGGGCACCAAUACAGGUGUUGGCACGAAGCCCGAUUCGAGUGCAAAGAUCGAGUUUUCUGGUGGUAGUGGGGUAGGUUCGGGCGCUACAGCGACUGGGGGGAUGUCUAGGAAUGAUGGAAGGGGUGGUCCUAUAAUUGGGAGACGAUCGAGAGAGCCCUCGAGAGAUAGUCGUGAUCGCUCUGCCCGGCGGUCAUCUGGGGUAGGCCCUGGACGCGACCGUGAGGGACCCCCUUUCAAUGACUGGGAAAGAGAUGAUCGCGAUCGCGGUAUACGUGAUCGCGACCGCGGCGACCGUCUCAGCCGAGGCUAUCGCAACAGUAGCGGUGGUGGCAGUACAGGAGGCGGUGCCGGUGACUACGGUAGAGAACGCGGAGACCGUGAGUCCCGUAUUUCCCGUUCCGGUGCACCUGAUGAACCGUUUGAGGGCUCAAAUGGACCCAAUCAAGGCGUGCACAGUGUGCGAGAUAGGCCGUUGGGGAGCCGGCGGAACAGUCGCGACUCUUUGAGUGGCGGAGGAGGCCUUGGGAUACCUCCAGGUGGGGUUAAUAAUGGGCCUACGAGUGGCAGUGGUAGGUAUGGCAGGGAUUCGCUUGGACCGGCCGGUGCGGGAGCUCCUGCGGGACGUGUGCGGUCGGGUAAUAAUGAGGAGGACUACGAUAUCGCGUUGCGAGAGUCUAGAGAUCGCAAUAUAUCGCUGGGUCGUAGUCGCAGUCGCUCUCGUUCACCCAUGUCACCUGGGUUGGGUCACGGGUCGUCUACGUCAGGCUCUCUCUACCCUCAUAUACAUCACAACGGACAGCGCAUGUCUCCGGGUCGGGGGCGUGGUGGUGAUGCAAACGAGAUCUACGGCCCCUAUGGACGCCUCUCUGGAGAAGGGUCUGGACCUUGGUACCCUCCUGCGGGAAUUCGCGGGCCAACACCGUACGGAGCUCCUCAUUCCGGGGGAUUCGGUGGUGGGCGUGGCGGCUUGCUUGGACCAAGACCGCAGACUGCGAUGUACGGUGGCAGUGGGGGUAGGGGUAUGGGGCGCAGACUCCCGCCGGGAGUGCACAAGCCACGACGGCCUUAUGAAUUACCCAGACACGGGAGGGAUGGGCCGCCGAGGUAGGGACUGGAACUGUAGCAGAUAUAGAUUUAAAUUAAAGGUAUAUAUACUAUCCCG